GCCGGCCUGGCUGCUGAGGCUGGACUGCAGGCCACAGCUUGGGCUCCCGGGCGCUCCCGGCCAGAGGACAGCCAGGUGGCCAGACUCUGACACAAUGAAGACGCCCCUGGGUGUGUGGGUGCUGGCCGUGGUCUGUGUCCUGCUCUUCUGCCACCUCUCCCCGGUCACGGCACGAGGCAUAAAGCACAGGAUCAAGUGGGGCCGGAAGCCUGCGCCCAGCCCACCGCAGCAGGUCACCGAGGCCCGAGUGGCCACAACCCGUCCAGGGUCCUUCAUCAGGCAGGGCCGAAAGCUGGACAUCGACUUCGGAGCCGAGGGCAACCGGUACUACGAGGCCAACUACUGGCAGUUCCCCGACGGCAUCCACUACGACGGCUGCUCCGAGGCCAACGUGACCAGGGAGAUGCUGGUCACCGGCUGCAUCAACGCCACCCAGGCGGCCAACCAGGCAGAAUUCUCCCGGGAGAAGCAGGACAACAGGAUCUACCAGCGGGUCCUGUGGCGGCUGAUCAAGGAGCUCUGCUCCGUCAAGCACUGUGAUUUUUGGAUGGAAAGGGGAGCGGGGUUCCGAGGCGCCGUGGACCAGCCGGUGAUGCUCUGCCUGCUGGUCUUCGUGUGGGGCCUCGUGAAAUAAGCUGGAAAGGAGGCUGGUAACCCCAGCAAGGAGCCGGUGAGCAGUCUGCAGAGUCACCCAGUUCCCCAUCCACACCCACCCCUGUGUAUCCUGAAGGUACCAAAGAACAGUGCCUUGUCAGCAUCUCAGAUAUCACCCCCAGGAUCUCCCCUGGCGUUUGGUGGGCGGUAUUCCCAUUAAACAUAUGAGGACACUGAGGCUCAGAGAGGUGAAACAGGUCACCAGAGUCGCACAGCUAGAAAGUGGCAGAGCUGGGACCCAAGCACAGCCUAGCCUGGUGUUUCCUGCUCUGCCCCAUCCCGGGGCUGUCUCGUGGUUUCUCUUUGGCUCGCAUGGCCCAGAUCCAACCGGGUUUCUCUAGCAAAACAGAUUGAGGGGCAAAUGAAGGGACCUGACCAACUGCUGUGUACUUUGAUAUCUUGGUGCGUGGAAGUCUAGUUUCAUCCGUGUAGUUAACUCAGACAUAAUAAAGAAAUUGAUCUAAAAUGGAAAGGAGGUGAGGCAAAGGCUCAGAAGUCGACUGUGAAGGCGCAAUGCCAAGCCGGUGCCCAGAGCAGGUGAAAUUUGCAGCUGGAUCUCUGGGGCGUUAUGGAGCUCUGUUUCACAAAAGGGUCAGCUCUUGCUGCUCCCCUGCCAGCCAUGGCCGGUGUACCAAGAAAAACAUCUUUAAAUGACGCGUCUGCUUUUAAUGCUCCCCUAGCCCCGUGUGCAGGUUUUUACGUGCAUUCACAUGAGCAGUUUUAAAGAUGCCUCCUGUACUUGGCGCUCUCCACAAUUGCUGUCAGUCCUUCUGACACCACUUUGGCUUUGGCAUAGGCUGCCAUCUCUGUAAAUCACUUCUCACCACAAAAAGAUAACCGCUCACCAGAAGGGUUGGAAAGAAACGGAGUCUCUAGGGAAGCCCAAUAAAGAAUCUGUGUCUGUCGUAAGCAAGAGCUGAUACAGCGCUUACUAGGUUCAAAGAUGUUAAAAAUAUGAAUCUCUUUUAAGUAAAACAUGAAUCCAGUGCUCUAAGAUGCUCUAACACCGCGUGGGAUCCUUGCAGAGGCCCCCCAGGGGUUGUUGAGCUGCUGUGAGAUGGCAGCUGCUGGGCGCUAUCAGUUCUCUUCCUAGUAGGACCUGUGCAGAGGAAAAGCGUGCGCUCCGGGGUAAUUUAUCUGCUGUUCAGAGCAUGAGUACUGGCGCGGAGCCUCUUGUGCUGAGUCCCCCCUGCUCUCAGCUCUUCUCAAGGACACAACCUUGGAAGGUUUUAAGGAGGAAAGAUGGAGAACAUGGGCGGGGCAGACAGCCUCCCACCCCAUCCCGCCCCAGACACCCGCUGGCCUCUGACAGCACGGAGGACCCUACGCUCCCCGCUCCCCUCUGCUUCCCCGGCCCUGCUAGUUCUUGAUCUGAGUGCAAAGCCUGGAGCUUAUGUCUUGCAUCCAAUUUCUAAAAUAAUAAGAAUGCUAACAGGGGCUGGAGACUGAGCUGUGUGGGUCUGGCGCCUGCCUCGCAAGUGCAGGGACCCGAGUGCAAUCCCCGAUACCAAAGAAGAAAGAGAGAAGCAAAUAAAGAAAAAGUACUAAGAGGGUGAGGCUGGCACUGGGACUGCUGUGAGCUGAAUUAGAGGGGCACACACAGCAGUGCCAGCAAAAGGAUUCACUGCUGGUGAGUUGGGUUUUUAAGAUAUAAGUCUUGUUUUAAGUAAGAAUGCAUCAAAACUACAAUAGAAAUCUAAAACAAAAACUGACUCCAACCUUGGCAUCUAAUUAAGAAGGUUUUCAUUUCCCCUCCUACUCCUUAUCCAUCUGUAUAAACAAAUGCCUGAAUUUUCUUUCGAUAGUAACACAGGUGAGCUUUUAGCUUCCGUCAUUCAAGACUUUGUGUCCAUCUUCCUAUGAUUUUGGGUUUCUUGUUUCCCCAUCCCACCCCCGCUUUCCACCUUGGGGUGUAGCCCCCCUUUUAAAAUGCUCAGCUAACCUGUCCUUUUACUCUGCUGCGCGGUAUCCCAUGCUGCAGAUAUACCAUGUUUGAUUUCAUCAUUUCCUUGUUGCUGGACCUUCAGACUGUUCCCAGUCUCAGCCCCCUGCAAACAAUAAACAUCCUUAUGUGUA